CUUCGCUUUCGUGGGGCAGAAUCUGCCGAUGCAAUUAUACAUCUUCAAGCAAGGGGUUUACGUGAAAUUAGUGGUGACUACUGCCGGAAAAUUACUGAUGCUACUCUAUCAGUGAUUGCGGCUCGACAUGAGGCACUAGAGAGCCUCCAACUUGGGCCUGAUUUCUGUGAAAGGAUCAGCAGUGACGCAAUAAAAGCUAUUGCUAUUUGCUGUCCUAAACUGCAGAAACUUCGGCUUUCAGGUAUCCGGGAUGUUGAUGGGGAUGCCAUUAAUGCUUUGGCUAAGCAUUGUCCGAAUAUGGCUGACAUUGGGUUCAUUGACUGUCUUAAUAUUGACGAGACAGCAUUAGAAGUGUUGUAUCAGUUCGCUUUCUCUCAGUUGCAGGGACAACAAACAUGA